CGCGCAGCCAAAAGGACAGCAACGCGAGCCUCGCCCGGCGCUAAUAAACAGCCAAUCCCCCUCUCAAAGCCUUUGCUUCGUCGUCCGGUAUUAAAAGCCAGUUCCCGUCGAAGCCUUGGCUUCUCUACACGCCAGAUCCAACUUCCAACUUCCAAGCCGAACUUCCCAAUCCCCUUCACCAUGAUCUCCCCACGCCCUAGCCUCUCGUCCGGCUUCUUCUCCCGCUCCGCCUCCUUCUCCCGGCCCGCUUCAUUCUCUCCGUCACCGCCACCUUCGCCACUCCCCCAGGCACCGCCGCUCCUCUCGGCCCCGGCCCCCUUCUCCCGCGCCGCAUCCUUCUCCCGCUCCGCCUCGGGAACAGCCGUCGCCGCUCCGGACCACGCCUCUUGCUUCUACGACGUCCUCGGCCUCCAGGCGGGCGCCAGCUACGAGGAGAUCAAGGCCGCGUACCGCCGCCUGGCGCGCGCCGUCCACCCGGACGUGGCCCCUCACGCCUCCGCCGACGACUUCAUCCGGGUGCAGGCCGCCUACAGCACGCUCUCCGACCCCAGCAAGCGCGCCGACUACGACCGCCGCGUGGUCGUCCCCUCCGCCGUCGGCCGCCGCCGCGCGCCGAGCCUCGCCCGCUCGCCAUCGUUCCCCGGGUUCCGCCGCCGGACCUGGGAGACCGACCAGUGCUGGUGACCGCCCCCCGGCCCUGCCCCGAGCAACUCGCGUUGCGGAGGGCGUGCUCGGGUGCGUUCUUGCGUGCCCUUCUCAUCGAGGCGGGAGCUGGGGAACACGCCCCUAGUUCAGGCCAGAGUCAGAGUGAUUUCCUGGCUCCUGCUGUUUCGUCGGGCCGAAAUCUUCCACUUGGUUUAGAAAACAGAAACGAAAGAUUCCCUCAGCCAGGCCGAGCUGGUACCACGCUUAGUCUAGAAUAAAACCAGUCUUGUCCCGAUAUUGCUAGCUAGUCUCUCGCGCUUCGCUGUGGCUUGUAAAAAGUAGAAAAUUCAGAAAACUAAAAAUGUAUUGGCGUGUGCAGACGUUCGUCUACUUGGAAGUUUAUGCAUGUUCGGCUUGAUAUGUCGUGAUCUGAUCGAUAGUUUUGUUAACUUAUAGUAAUGAGAGUGAGAGAGCCACAAUAAUUGAGCUCAGAAGAUGGUGAUUUUUCAGUCUCUUUGUGUACUUUUCUUCUCGCGUGCGUGAUUGCUGCGGACUUUGGGGGUGCUGUUUGUGGAGUCUGAAUGCUUCUUUGCGCAAAAACAAAACGAUUCUGUGAA